AUGAUGAAAAUUGUGGAGAUUGAUGGAGUCUACGUCGACAAAGAGGAAGCUGAGACUCUCUACAUCUCUGUCGCGCAACGACCUGAAGCCAAACCAAACUGGCUGGAAUACAACUCGAGUGCUCCCCACAACGAGGUAGCUAUGAAGAUCGAUGUAUCCUCAGACCUCAUCCCCUUCGACGACAUCAUCUUGGUGCCACAUGAUCGCCAGGAAAUCUUCAAGAACCCGUCACACCAACUCAAGAUCUACACAGCGCCCAAGGUUCCUACACUAUACACCGAUUUUUCCGCUGGUGAUCUGGCAACCAACUCCGAGGUCUAUGGCGAUCACACCCACUCCGUUGUCCUGGAUCACCUGGAUGUCGUGGAGAUUAUCCUAGAAAAUGAAGACACAGGUAGCCAUCCAUUCCAUACGCACGGUCACAUCUUCCAACUUCUCGAUGGGUAUCCAUCCUACGACGAAAACUUCUACGACUACGCCGAUGGCACCGUCUUCGCGAGCUACAACGACUCAGACCACAAUCCGGGUGUAUGGUUCUUCCAUUGCCAUAUCGACUGGCAUCUCACCCAGGGUCUCGCCAUGGUCCUUGUGGAGGCGCCAUUGAAGAUUCAAAAGCGAGUCUCCAUCCCCGACGACCAUUAUUAG